GUUCUCAUCUACCUUCUGAUGAAGACAUCAGCUUCAUCAUUCUCCUUCUCAAUCUCUCUCCCCCACCACCAUCUUCAUGUGGGCAACUCUCUUCUGUAGCUGAUAUAAAUAAUCAUCGACUUUCUCUUUGUUGUGGAAAUUAUCGAAUAAGCUGAAAAAAAGAUGGAGCAAGGACAUAUUGAUGAUAUAAUUAAUAGAUUAUUGCAGCUUCGGGAUGGAUCCGGAAAGCAUAUCCCAUUGUGCGAGUUCGAGAUCCGGCAACUGUGUAUGGUGUCUCAAAAGAUUUUCUUGAAACAGCCCAGUUUGUUAGAGCUUGAAGCACCCAUCAAGAUUUGUGGUGACAUCCAUGGUCAAUAUCCUGAUCUCUUGAGACUUUUUGAUCUUGGUGGUUACCCUCCAAAUACCAACUACUUAUUUUUGGGCGAUUAUGAGGACCGUGGCAAGCAAAACCUGGAAACAAUAUGUCUUCUCCUUGCAUAUAAAAUUAAGUAUCCUAAAAAAUUUUUCCUCUUGAGAGGAAACCACGAAACUGCUUCUAUAAGCAAAGACUAUGGUUUUAGAAAAGAGUGUAUCAGAAGAUUCAAUUCUCGACUAUGGGACACAUUCAUAGUUUGUUUUGACUGUCUACCAGUUGCAGCCUUAAUUGAUGAGAAAAUCCUCUGCAUGCAUGGAGGCAUAUCUGAAGAGUUGGAUGAUUUGGAUCAAAUUAGAGAAAUACAACGUCCGACUGAUGUACCAUAUUCAGGUUUGGUCUGUGAUCUUCUGUGGUCAGAUCCCAGUCAAGAUUUUCAAGGUUGGAGGUUUAAUAAUGGCAGGGGAGCCGGGCAAACGUUUGGUUCAGAUCAAGUGACAGAAUUUCUGCAGAAACAUGAUCUAGAUCUCAUUUGUCGAGCUCACGAGGUUGUGGAGGAUGGAUACGAGUUCUUUGCCAGCAAGCAGCUUGUAACUAUAUUUUCGGCACCCAAUUAUAUGGGAGAGUGCAACAAUGCUGGUGCCAUCUUAAAUGUCGAUGAAAAUCUGAUGUGCUCUCUACAAAUACUAGAGCCUGAUCAGCUCAGCUCGUAAACGCCACAAAACUUAAUUCCCAUGAAUUGAUUUUAUGAAGAUCGAUUGACUAGGUAUAUUUUCCCAUUUGUAUGUGCAAAUCUUAUGUACUUUGUUUAAUUUUUCCAGCUUUUGCGACUCAAUCAAAUUUGUAAAACUGUAAUGAGGAAAAACUUAACUCGAAUGGAAAGGCAAGGGAAUUAAUCUCGAGGUGCCAAAUCAACAUGAUGGCUAAGAGGUUUUCUAAAGUUCCUCUAAAGUUGAAAUGACCCUUCUUCUAUGUGAUGAGAAGUAUUUUCAUCCAUUUUGAA